AGUAGAAGAAACUGAAUCGGGGUGGCAAUUUCUCCCGAUCCCCGUGGGGCCUCGCGGGGAUCCCAUCACGGGGAUGAGGCGGGGAGGAAUAUUCUUCCUUGCAGGGUGGGGAUGGGGGGCAUUUUCUCCCUCCACAACCCCUCACUCACUCUUGGUGUCAGUCGAACAAUCAAGCUCUCAAGUCUCACAUCACCUUCAACCUUCCUCUCCCCUUCUUGCUGCUACAGAUCUACUACAUAUCUGUUGUUGGAGCUGCUACAAAUAUGCUGCUGGAGCUGUUACAGAUCUGCUCCUGGAGCUGUUGUCAAAGCUGUUAGCUGCAGCCUGCAGAUCUGCUCCUGUGCCGGACUCCCCUCUGCUUGCUGCACUGCACUGGGCCGGACCCCCUCUGCUUGCUGCACUGCACUGGGCCGGACCCCCUCUGCUUGCUGCACUGCACUGUGCCAGACCCCCUUUGCUUGCUGCACUGUAUCGGACUCCCCUCAUCAAGUAUUCUCACAUUACUUGCUAUGAUUUGAAUAUUGAGGCAAUGAUGGAUUUCUUAACGGGUGGUGCAGGAUAUAUUGGUUCACAUGCUGCUUUACAACUUCUGAAGGAUUCUUACCGUGUAACAAUCGUGGACAAUCUUUCACUGCACUGCACUGCACUAUGCUGGACUCCCCUCUAUGCCGGACAAUCUUUUUUGGGUUGAUUUUUGCUUAUAUUUGGAACAAGUAUAUUGCUUUAUGUUGGAUUAAUUUCUAUGUAUAUUUGGAACAACUUAUGUUUGGAACAUGUUGCUUUAUGUUGGAUUAAUCUCUAUUUGGAACAAUUUUGUUGAUUUAAUUAUUUGUAUUAAAUUAAUUUUUAUUUA